AUGAGUGACGUUGAGGAGCGAUCAGAAGCCCAGGAGGUUUUUGAUCCUUAUCGGAGGGACACGAGAAAAAAAUAUUUAUCGGACUUCAAGUCUUUUAUGAAUCUGGUGAAAAGUGCAGCAGGAACCGGAUUAUUUGCGAUGCCUCAUGCGUUUGCGUCAGUGGGAAUGAUCGUCGGGAUAAUCGGUACGAUUUUGGUGGGAAUUUUAAUAACAGUCGCUCUGCAUUUGUUGAUGAUGACUCACUGUGACUUAUGUAAAAUUAAACGUAGAAGAGCGAUACCGUAUGACCAAAUUGUUGCGACGACAAUGACCAGUGGAAUAAUGAGAGGAAAAAUUUCCGCGGGAACUGCGAGUUUGGUGAUUGACAUAAUUAUGCUGGCGUGUUACAUCGGGAUCGGCGCAGUCUAUAUUGUUUUUGUCAGCGGCAUCAUCCAGGACCUUGUGGACCAGGGGAAAACUAUCGGCCAGCCCUACUACGUUUUAAUUUUAUUCCCGCUCUUUUUGCUUUUGAAUUUGAUCCGAGGAUUGAACGCAAUUGCCCCGAUUUCGAUCAUCGGAAAUGUUCUUAUUAUCGUGGCUGCGUUGAUUGGGGCCGCCUAUGCGGUGAUUAAAUCAGAGAGCGACUGGGUCUAUGUACAGAAAGAUUAUCAUAAAUAUCCUAAAUUUCUAGGGACCAUUUUUUUCGCGCUUUCCUCACCGGCACUGGCACUGGCGAUACAGCAGGACAUGAAAGAGCCCCAACACUUCACACGUAAAUGCGGAGUCUUGAACUGGGGAAUGGGAACUCUUAUAUUCAUGCACGUGAUUAUCGGUAUCGUAGGUUACGCCAAGUAUGGCAGCAGCGUCACAGGAAACUUCGUUCAGAAUCACCUGAGGCUUGACACAGUGACAGCAAUUGCACUGGGAGUCCAAGCUCUCGGAAUUUUUUUCAGUUACGGUAUCCAGUGUUUCCUACCGAUUUCAAUUCUACACAAAGACUACGCAGUUCGUUCCAUUCAAGAUGGCUGUCUCAAAGGGACUCCCUACUUUUGGAAUAUCAUGAUACGCAUCGCUGUAACUUUACUUACUUGUGUGCUCGCAGCCUCGAUCCCGCAGCUCCAAAUUUUCACCAGUUUCGUCGGUGCCCUCUGCGUAGCGACUCUAGGCUUCAUAGUCCCCGUCAUCGUCUUCAUGAUCAGCCACCAUGGGAAAUACGGCCGCUGCAAAUGGAAAUUAAUUCUCAGCUUAUUCAUCCUUAUUUUAGGAGCCAUCGCAAUGAUAUUAGCGACUAUUUCUAGUAUUAAAUCAACGUUUGAUUACCUUAAAGAAUAA